AUGGCAGGAGAGACUCAGCGAAUGCACACUGUCAAAGAGCUGGACACUGAGUCCAAACUGCAGGAUGAGGGGACAGUGCUGGAACAGCAGAGUGACAAAACCACAAAGGAGUCUUCAGAGCACUUUUCAAGCACAGGCACUGAGGCUAGAGCCAGCAGCAGAGGGGGUAAAGUUGAAAAAGUAGAGAAGGAAAGGGACUGUCCUCAGCAACGUGAGGCUGUCAUUCGGCCACAGCAGGCAGGGAAGAUUGACUUCAGAUCACUGCAGAACAGAUCAAAAUUUGCCACUGACAGGACUUGGUCGAGUGGCAAAGGCAGCCCCCAGUCCCCGAGUGGAAAAGGCCGCAGCCGAGAGAAGGGGAAGCGGUCAGGAAAGGCAGAGCGUGGCAACCCGCAGGAGCUGUACAGACUUAGUAUUACAAAUCCACGCUCCAACAACCCCACCAUUGGCAUUGCCUACCCACAGCAGAAAGUUUCACCACCCAAGAAGUUGGAGACCAGUCGUGGCCCAGUUUCGGGCAGCUACAGAUUCCACGUUCCCAGUAUACCAGAGAGAGAGGCCGAACUACAGCAAGAAGAGCUCAACUACAGCCGUUGCUUCCAGGAGGCCUCCUCUAACCUUACCUCCCCAAGCUAUACCUCACAACCACUGGGUUCUUCAAGUGGAACAUCAUCCCACACACACCCACCACUGUCACAGCAGCAGCAGCCCUCCUCAAUGGAGAACAACAGUACACAGCCUGGCAGCCAGAUAAUCCUGGCUGACUUACAGCUGAGUGGCUCUAAUGCAUGGCAGUCUCCUGAAAGGACUUUUAAUGGUGCUAACUAUGGGGUUUCUUCACAAAAAUCCACUGCCCUUACAGAAGCCAGUAAGGCAGGUGCCUUUGUGCCUGGUCCGUUUCAAUAUGGAUAUCAUUUUCUGGAAGAAUCAACCUCUGACUCUUUUCUCUGUGAACAGAACCCCCAUUCCCAAGACUUUGCAGACUCCUCCCUAGGUUCUGUUCAUGUGACCCACAACUCCUUUUCAUUUACACCAGGAGAAGGACAAAAUAUUGCUCAGAACAGCACUCAGUUCAGUAAUGAACAGCAGUCAGAGGAUGGGAGCUCUUAUUCUCACUCCCCACAGUCACAGUUCAUGCAAGGGGUAUCAUCGUCCAUCCAGUGUCCAAGGAAUCUGAGUGAGGACUCAGCCAGCAGUGACAGCUCUGGCUCCAGCUCACAGCAGUCAGAGCAGGGGAAGACUGUCCUGCCUGAGAGCACAGACACUGCUAGACAGGCAGACAAUAGGGAUGCAGCCACCUCGGGGAGUAAAAGGAACUGUCACCCCAAAGACAAAGCUGCCAACCACAGAACAUUCGUACAAGGAAGUGUGCACCACGCAAGAAAUAUUUCACAAGGUCCAGGCUCCCAAAUGCACUUUUCCAGCAAAACAUUUAACAGCCCUCCAGUCAGUAGCAUUCACACAAACUCAAUGUCUUUUGAUAAACACAUUAAUAAUAAGGUUCUAAAUAGGUUGCCACACACCUGGGAAGGUCCUAGCAAGACAUAUUCACCAGCUGAUCAAAACGCAAUUCAGUAUUCUGACAUAAAUGAUAAGUUUCAGUUUCAGAACCAGCCAGCACUUGACCAAAGGCCAAAUUCAUCUAAAAAUAGCAGAAUGCCCUGGCAGUCGAUCCGGCCAGCCGCUGCCAUGCCGAACCAAAACAGAAUCGAGUUAUCUAGGCAAAUAAGCAAUCAAAAAUUGGCUUACAUUGUUUCCCCCUCUGACUGGCAGGAUGAUAGUAAAUCACAUAAGCACAGCUCACUGAAAAACCCCAGCUCAUUUCAGAACAGCAGAACUAGUGAUGGCUUUUCAAACCAAAGACAGGAGACUGUAAAACAUAACAGUAGUACAGUCUCAACUUUUAAAGUAGAGAUCAGUCACGCACAAGUAUGUGAGUCCAAAAAUAAGGCGGUUUACUUUGGAAUCAACCAGUCUCUUCCAGUGGCAUCAAGAAACUACAGCUAUCCACCAUUACAGGUCCCACCUAUGGGACUUAUGAUGGUGUCACCUUAUGAAUCCCCUUUGCCCUCCCCAGGUCAUAACCCUGCAUCUAGCAGUACCUGCUCUUCCCUCUCCCCAGCAUCCACCAGCCCUGUUAACAUCAGUUCAGAGGACAGUCAAAUGUCCAAGUCAGCACCCUCUCACACAUUUUACCACCAGGCCCAAGCCAAAACUCAGUUACCUUCAGAUCACCUGAGCUCUCACAACCAUCAGUUUCACUCUGAUGCUACACGAAACCUUCCUUAUGCACCAGACCGAGCCAAAGAUGACAUGAUGAGCUACCUGCAAAACAGCACACAUCCAAAGACAACUGUGGAUGGAAACAAAGGUUACAUGGACAGCUUUGGGGUGGAGCAUCACCAGCCUCCACCACCGUACUCUGCACAUCAGCUGCUAGCCACCUCAUUAGCUGCAGCAAAUCUUGACCAGUUAGAUGUGCUUCUCACAUGUAAGCAGUGUGAUCAGAAUUUCAAUAACCUUGCUUCAUUUCUAGGCCACAAGCAAUAUUGUGCUCAACACACGUUUGCACAAAAUGACCUCAAAGACAUAUCAAAGAUGGAGGACAGCAGAAAGUUUCAUGCAGAACCAACAAAAGCAGUGCCAUCUGCGUCAAAUGUUUCAAUCUCCAGGUGUCCAUCUGACCUUCACCUAUCUCUGUUGGGCCUCAAUAAAAAUGGAGAACUGAUAUCUGACAGUGAAACAAAAGGAGACAAUAAGGAUGAUCCCAUGAAACUCAGCUUGUUCUCUGGCCCUGGAAAUCUCCCUGUCCCUCUCCCUGAGUUGGAAAUGGAGGAUGCCAAGUUAGACAGUCUAAUCACGGAAGCCUUGAAUGGAUUGGGUUAUCAGUCAGACAAUGCAGAGAUAGACAGCAGCUUCAUCGAUGCAUUUGCUGAUGAUGACCUCACCACUGUCAAAGCGACCUCAAAUAAACAAUGUCUGAAAACCAAAGAAUCCCUGGUCUUUGAAAGCAAAAAUAAACAAGCAACAGAUGAUGGCAGGUCUUUCACACAGGGAAAAUAUUUUUAUGACUCUGAUGUUGAGAGCCCUGAGACAGAUAAACAGUACACAGAAAGCAAACUUGAGAAAAUAUCUCUGAAUUUGGAACAAGAUGAGAAAAUUAACAUAAAAAAAGAAGUGUCUCAUAAAAAUUCAAGAAUUGCCUCAAGGGAGAAGAUGAGGGAACAAGACAGCAAAGUGAAAGAGGCAAGAAAACUGUGCAAGAGUGAGGACGAAAACACGAGCACACAGAGGUUUCUCUUAUCAAGCAAGUUUUCUGAGCGCUGUGGUGUUAAAAGCUUUCAGGACAGCUCUGCACUUCGAGGGUCAACACCCUCACAGGCCUCUCCAACCUCAAGAACUGCAAUAAAAGAGAGCAAGAGGAAAAGCACUGGAGGGGGCACCUGGAGCAAAGAACUGAUUCACAAAAUAGUUCAACAGAAAAAUAAGCUCCAUAAGCUUCAUGUUAAAGGUACCAAAAACCUCCAGUUUUCCUUGGUGAUGGAGAGACUCACUCCCACUGUACAGAACCCUGCAUUUGGAGAAUACGACUAUGUCUCAGACUCAGACGAUGAAUGUGAGCCUGUAAAGAUAGCAAGCCAAGGCCGACUAAAUCAAAGCAGUCGUUGUAAAUACACAUACACUAAAGAGUGCAAAUGGCGAGCAAGAAGUGAGAGGGACCAGGCAGCGUGGAGACAUGAGUCAAAGGAGUGUUUCGAGGUGAAAAAAAGCGAGGAAGUUUCUCUCUCGCCUGAGAAACAUGGUUCUCACCAGAGACUCAGGAGGAGGGGUAGCAGGUCAUCCACAAGCAGUGAACUCAGCACAUCUGUGAGUGUUUCAAGUGAUAGUAUCAACAGCCCCAAAAGCACUGACCGCACUGACUCAGACUGUGAGAAGAAGACAGACAUCAAAAAGAAAGAGUCUCCAGAGCAGAAAACCUAUGAAAGGUCUUCCCCACAGAAGUUGUGUAAAGAGUCCAGCACACUAGCACUGACAUUCACUAAAUCUGUCAGGAAGUAUAAUACUGACAAAGCCAUUCAUUCAGAUAACAAAGACGAUUCAGAGGAUCCAAAGAAGUAUCAUUCAAAUCCAGAAGUUACUGAUCCAGUGUCCUCCUCACAAAAGGCAAAAGACACAAUGAAAAACUUUGAAAAAAGCAGAACCUCACAUCCAAAAUCAAGAGAGAAGCUGGUGUCUCACAGAAAAGAAACCACCACAACAGUCAGUUCAGAGAAAAACACCCUACAGAGAGCUGACAAUCUGUGCCCCAAAGAAGAACCAACACAGAGUAGCAGUACAGAUAACAAGCCACUACUUGAGUCACACUCUCCCACCAUCAACAAAGAAACUGAUUUCAGUGUUGACAGAAGCACAAAGUGCAAAAGCGGAGAGGGCCCCCAAGCCACACAGCCAGAGCUAUCAGACAGUACCACAUUUGAAAAACAGAGUGACAGUGUCUGCAUGGUGAAAGAGGCUAUUACUUUAGGCAAUGACCUAGACACACACAAGCCUGCAUCUCUUUGCACCUCUUUGAUGGAUGAGGUGUGCCUAUCUCCAACUGAAACCCAGGGCCCGUUGAUUCAAAAAGAUACGCUCCACCUCAUGCCCUACCCUCUGGAUCAGGAACAGGGGCUCAUGAAAUCCCCACUUUCAUUUGACACCUCAUCGAUGUUCGGGGACCUCACAGGAUUUGACAGUGGCCUUUACUCAGAUAUGCCGAUUCAGAAAGAGGGUUUCCAUUCAAUAGAGAACACAGCUGAUAAAAAGGAAGAAUUUGUGUCGUCCUUCUCUCCAUUUCUGGAACAGCGAGACUGGAACCUCAUUGUUAGCCCUGUGCUACCAGAUGAGAUAUCUCAGUACAAAGACAACUCUGAGAAAUCAAAUGAAAAGAAACCAGAUUACAAUCAUGUCCCUUUGUCUCUGCCAGAAAAAAUAAUUGACUACAGUGCAAAUCUCAACAGCUGUGCAUCAGAGGAUGAGCUAGAGAUAAAGAGAAUAGUGAAUGAGCUUGAAAACCAGCUGCAGACAACUAAGUUGGAAAGCCCACCGUUACUAGCUCAGGAUGUCCCCAAGCAGCUGCAAAUGAGCAAAUUUUCACCUUUACGGCUGGAUGAUGAGUCAGAAAGUGAAGCCAGUGGUCUGGACAUAAGGUGCCCUGUGCAAACGAUAGAUGUGCCAGUGACCAGAAUGCCUUCAGGGCCUUUCACUGAACCUGGACUCCCAUGGUCCAGUCCAUUCCAGUUUGAACUAAUGGGUGGAAACCACAGUCCCCACACUCCAAUUAACAAUGAACCAAGGUCACUUGAACAUUUUGCUGAAAAAGAAAAUGAUGCCACAGCAUCACAUAUCGAACACUCGCAGCUCCAGCGUGACCAAAAAUCAGAGGAGGGAAGUGUGGAAAAAGAGUCUCUUGUAGAAACAAAGGAAGACAUUUUAGAACAGAAGAGAUAUACAGAAAACCUCAUGAAAAGCCUGGAGGUGAUUUCAGACUCUAUAUUCAAAAAAGAACCCAUUAUAUCAGAACACAAGGAGCCGAAUGUCACCUCUCUCACCAGUCAACAGCAUCAAGAAAUUGAAUGUCAGGCAGCUGAUGCAGUUGAGAGAGAGGAUCAUAGUGAAAAGGAAGCAAUUACCGGGAAGAAGAAUAUAUUAUCACCUCCAAAUAUCAAUGAGCGGAAGGAUGAUAUUGAAUUCAUUCUGAAUGAGUCACAGUCAUCUCUCUCCAACAGCACUGACCCCACAGUCGAUGGAAACCAGCCAAUUUCAUCGCAGCCAAGUGAGCCCUCAGAAAACAAUGAUAGCGAGGGUGAGACUAAAGUCACAUCAGAGGAGGAUAUCACUGAGAAUAGGAAUUUGAUAGAGUGUGCUCACUCCUCAAGUGUGGUGACACAUGACCCACAUGUGGUAGAGGAGUCCUGCGGGAACAGUAAUUCAGAGGACAAUGUGAAUCCGUUGUUUAAAAACAAUAGUGAUUGUCAAGAACAUUCAACUAUGGAUGGCUACGAGGAAGCAGAGGCAGUGAAAGGAGUCACUGAUCAAUCUGGCAGCCACCCUUCAUCACCAGCUGAUAUUGGCAAGGAAAUGGCAGAUGUGGUGAAAACAGCACUGCAAGAACAAUCCACAGAUAACCAUGGUAAUCCUGGAGACAUUAGUUUGUCACAUGUUGGUGAACUGAAAGCGGAGCAUUCAGACAGUUUGAUCAAGACAGUUGAAACAGCACAACAAGAUCCUUUGAUUGGACUUUCUCCUUCUAAAAAUUGCAACCCUGCUAAGAUUUAUGGUGCAAGUCCAACAAAUGAUUUGUCAGUGGAGCUAGUCACCUCGGAAAAGCCCUGCAGUCCAAUACUAGUGGAGGAAACCAACAGAGAAAGUUCUAGUCAAAGCAGUCUGUUGAUGCUUUCACAAUCUGGUGGCAUCAUUGACAGUAAUUCCUGCAAAGGUACUUCAUUUAAUGAUUCUUUGAAACCUGAAGCAGAUCUUGCCUUUGACACCAUUCAGAAACAAGAAGAGAUUUUACAUGUUCCGGACAUCAAAGAACAUCUUCCAAUUAAUUUCAUGGCAAGCCACCAAAACUCACCGUGCAGAGAGGAAGUGGAAGAAAGUCACUGCCUAUUUCUGCACACGGCCCCACCAACCAGUCCUCUUUUAUCAGCUUCUCUUCAAACACCCAUGCAGAAAUUAGACCUAGAAGACGAUUCCUGCCGGUCACAAACCAAACGCAAUAAUAAGUCUCCUGAAGAAGGCUCAAGCCAGAAUGUUAAAUCCCCCUUAAACAAAGAUGAUAACCAAAGUGUCAAGGAGGCCUUAAACAGAGAUGAACAACUGAACACAACAGCUGAGAUGGAGUAUUCUUUGAUAAGCCCUCCUCACUUGGACUUGGGAAUCACACAGUGUAAAAUCCCUGGCUCUGAAAUCACCAAUCCCUCUCCGCUUCCUGUGACCAGCACAGCAGAACCACCAGGGGGCCUUGAAAAGAGAGAUCCAAUGUAUGAUUUCAAGCUCAGCCCUCUCAACUACAACAGCAUUGCAGAUGAACCUCCACACCUAAAUCAAUAUGACUACAUACCAAUUUCACCAGCCAGUAAACCUGAGGAGAAUGCAGAUAUCAAGAGGAAUCCCAGAGAUGACUGUGAACCAUGUGAUCCGAACAUUAACCCUGCACUGAUUUUUAACAAAACUGAAACUGACACAGUGGUGUCACUGAGCGUGGACCCUGCAGCUAAAAUACAUUUAUCAGAUAAACCACUGGUCCUCCAGCAGAGUAUAAAAUUCACAUGUUUUUCAUUGGGUCUUCCCGGUGAAAUCAAAAGCCAAAAUUCUUCAGCUGGGAAUGUAAAGAAAAACUUAGAGAUCCGCCAUGAUCCAGUUGACCCUAUUGAGCAGUUGCACAUUCGUGCUGACAUGCUGAGGAGGGUUGAAUCUGUGAAUUUUGAUUCUCACAAAACUUCUGCUGAGGACAGUACACUUCUCAGAAAAGACAUUUCAGAUGGUCCGCCCACUCCUAAGCCACUCAUCAUCUGUGAAAAUGAACAAAUGCCUCUUCCACCAGACCCAUCAGAGAAGCAACCAACAACAAAGACUGGCCAGUGUUCAACAGCGCACCAAGUUCACAAAGAAAUAUCACAAAAAAAGACACAGAGCAACACUCAACAGGGUAAAGUGCUGUGUGAAAUCUGCUUCAUGUGUUUCAGGACUGUGCCAGGGUUAAAGAGACAUAAGGCCAUGAAACAUUUGGUCAGAGCUGAAAAACACAUCGGCCCACAGAACACAACAUCAAACCAUCAGGGGACUAUGCUUAUUUAUGAAGCGUCACAGACUACAGAGAAAGAACAUAAAGAUGAUUCACAGACCUGUUACCCAACAAAAAUAGAUGGGCUGCCUGAGACAAGUAGCACUCUCAUAUCCAAAGCAGCAGAGACUGAGUCAGUCCUGGAGGAAAUGGCAACCGAGACAAGUGCAGUGGCAGUGGAUGAAAUAGGCCAUCAAAACCCUCUGCUGCCUACAAAAGCAAAGAAGAACAACAAAGCUAGAAAGAACAAAAACAGCGAGGUAAACAUAAAGCCCGACCCUUUCUCUGAUGAGAUUUUGAAUAUAUUAAAAACAGACAUACUUCAAGCUAUAACUCCUGAUUUCAAAAGCAGUGGACUACAAGGGCCCUGCAAAUCUCCUGAGGACCAGGUGAAAAUCAACGACACAAAUGUUGCUGGAACAAAGGAAUUCCCUUACCCUGUUACUUCAGACUCUGGCUUUGACAAUGCAUUGCGACCUCCAACAGAAGAGACAGGUGUACUUAAUGAAACUAUGGGGCUAAAUCAAAUCACACAUAUAGAGGAACUGACAUGUACAAGCAUGACAGAGAUGGAAAAUGGGGAAGUAUGUACGGAUAAUAAUGUGGAAGCUAUAUGUGGGGACAAGGAUAUAAUGAGACAAUGUGAUGAUUCCAGAAAGACUCUGUGCACUGUGGAAGAGAUGUGUGAACAGAAGGGAUCAGAAGACAACCUUGCCCAGGAGAUUCUUCAAAAAGUGGCAGUCGAGAUAAAAUGUGAGAAAAACAGUGACACUUCAGACGAGCUACAUCCUCUUUCCUGUUUGAAUUCCUCCUCUCUCAGCCCUCCUGGCAUUAGUUCUGACCUAAAGGCCUUGCUUGACGACGACACCACUUUCUCACAGCUGUUCCCCAGAGAUGAGGAGGCAAAAAGGAAAAAGUGCCCGAGGGUGUACAGCAAAAGAAACAAAAGACAGAAGCUAUUGUCCGACUCAAAUGUGACUCAGGAUUACCUUCCUUCCGAAACCUUCAUGCAAAAUAAAGAUCAGUACAUGGAACACCAAGCAGACCAGACAUUCCCUGACGAUCAAAGUAACCGAUGUGAAUACGAGACAAUAUCUAUUGAUGAUGCCAUCAUGCUGAAUAUGUGCCACAACAGCACAUUGAAGACUGAUGCCAAGCCCCUGUCGGAUGUUAAACAAAGUGAUCAGGAGGAUGUUCAUGAGAGUAUUAAGGAGCUUGGCAACAAUGUCUUGAACCCACUUGAGAGCACCAUUGAUAAAUCCUCUAUUGAAUGGAGUGGUUUUGAUACAGGCUCACCAGUGACCUCUGACCCCAGCACCUGUAAACCAGAAGUGCCUACCACACCUUGCCCUCUGCCCCUGCCUGCUGUCGCAUAUUCUGUGGAGCCAUGUUCCACAGAGAGUGUCCAAACCUUCCACAAUAUUGACAUCCAAAAUAUUAAUACCACAUUUCAGCUUCCUGAGAUUCAGUUCUUUGACUCAAAUAAUGAAAUGGUGGCUCCUGCUAUUGCGACUGCUGACAUGGAGAACAGGGAUGAUGAAAAGUCCAAGAAAGUAACAGAGCGACGAGGCAGGAAACGUCAAGAUGGUGGAAUAAAGGUCAAAGAUAAGCAGUACAAGUGUAAAGUGUGCUUCACUUGGUUCCUCACCCUCGGUGAGCUGAACUUUCACAAGUUAUCCCACAACCCCUCUCCACCUCCAACCUGCUACAUGUGCGUCCAGCGCAAAUUCAGCUCCAGGGAGCAACUGAGAGACCAUCUGAGGGAGAAACAUGCCAAAAACAAGACAGGUAUCUGGACCUGUGGAAUGUGUUUGAAGGAGAUAUCAGAUGUGUGGAUGUACAAUGAACAUUUGCGAGAGCAUGCCACUCAGUUUGCCCGGAGGGGUCAGGCUCAAGGUUCUAUAUUAGAUAUUCCAGGCUGCUUCAUGCAGGAGACAGCUGUGAAGAACUUUAUCACCUCAAUCAUGCAGCACCGCCCCAGCAAAGCCAUCAGAGAUUCCAGCAAAGCCACUAAAGAACAGGAGAGAGCUGUUGCUGCAGACGGCAUUGUGGUAGAAGGGAAAACCUCUGAGGGGGCUGAGCCAAAAGUUCACAAAACUAAAAGCAGCAGUGGAGCAGGUGGGAAGCAGAGCGCAUUAACCCCGCUUGAGGUACUCCACAACACAGAGACGCCUAAAAGCGUGGAGAUGCAUCCCAACUGCAAAGACCCUUCAAGAGAUUGCCACCACUGUGGGAAACAAUUCCCCAAGCCAUUCAAACUCCAAAGACAUUUAGUGGUUCACAAUUUGGAAAAGAUUUUCCUGUGUCACAAAUGCCCUGUCUCUUAUCAGGAGGCCCAGGCGCUAAAGGACCACCUGAAGAGAGCACAUGAGGAGGUGGACGAGCUGGAUUCAAAACACACCACCCUUUACACCUGCGAACUUUGUGCUGAUGUCAUGCAUGUGAUUAAAAAAUCUUUCAUCUGCAGCACCUGUAACUACACCUUCUCUAAGAAGGAACAGUUUGAUCGUCACAUGGAAAAGCACCUGUCUGGGGGGAACAAAAUUUUCAAAUUCCGAGGUGUUCUGAGACCUGCCAAAGCACCUGCGUCCAAAGAAGAUGAAUGUGAUUCGCCUGCAAGUAAGAAGAGGAGAACUCUCUCUGACAGUCUGCAAGAAAGUAGCUCAGACAGCGGCAUUGCUAGCGUAAGCUCGGUGCACUGUAAUCAAAACUCUGAAACACAGUCUUCAAACCCCUCUGUAUCCACAGCAGAUGACUCCACACAGACCAUCGUGAAUGAAUACCACAGUGACACAAACAAUGCAAAUGUGAAGACUGAGGACAUGGUUGAAGACUACUCUGAACUACUCGUAGAACUUGAGAAAUGUAUUCACAUGGGCUCGUCAGAGUCUGCUACACCCAAGAAAGAGGAAAUUGACUCAACUCCCUCACUUAAUCCUGAUAAAGAGGGUAAUGGAAAAUCAAUUACUGAACCAUGUGACGUGAAAGAGGAGAAUGAGUCAGUUUGCAUUAGAGCAGAGACAACCUCAUGGUCAGCAUCUAAAGAGAGCAGCAGUGCGGGGGAGGAGAUUAUUAAAGCUAAGGAAGGCUCAGCUGAAGGUGACACAGCUGAGACUGAAGAGAAAACAGAUUUACUUCCUCCUCAUGAGGACUCUUUUGUCAGCUUAAGUGAAAAUCAAAUCAUUCCAAAGACACCUGAGUCAGCAAAGCAUGAAUUAGCUGUUGAAGUGAUGGACCAGCAGACGGAUGAUGAGCAGUGGCAGCUCACGUUGAAAGCUCCUAGUAAUGACAGCAAACAGCAAACUUUAUCUCACGGUGCUGAGCAAGAAGGUAGCAGUCAGAUGAAAGACAAAGCUGCCAAAACAAAUGACAACACUAAAAACAGCACUACAACGAGCUGCACGAAGGCUCCAGAAUCAACACCUGUCCUCCACUCCAAGGUUUCCCUCAACACUUCUGUCUCCAAUGAGGACAAAGAAUCUGUGAGGCCACAGAAGAAGCGGAAAGACAUGAAAUCCCCCCACAGCCUGCAAAGGGUUUCCUCUCCAGCCACACAAGAGAACUUUGGUGUUGACUCUAGGGCUAAAAAGAAAUUUCGCCCCAGCAAAUGCACAAAUCCCUCUAUGCAAAGAAAGUCAGACGGACCCAGCGACUACCCGGUGCUGUCCUCAGUACGGGACGACGUUGUGAGCAACAAAAUAGUCACCAAGUGCAAGACUUCAAACUUGGGUUUGCAGUCAAAAAGAAGUUUGCUUGAUAGCUGCACUCCAAAGAAAGCUGAGAUUGUUAACCCUCUAAAUGGGGAUUAUAAAGCCAAAAAGGGACCUCUGGUGCGGCCUUUGCAUUCCCCUAUUUCUAAAGUGUCUUCAGUUCCCAUGAACAAUUCUUUGAAUAAAUCUAGGCCAAAGAUGGGGGUUAGGUCAAUGGAGAGCCAUUCCUACCGGACGGCAGAGUCCCAGAACCACCUGUUAAGCCAGCUGUUUGGCCAAAAACUCACUAGCUUUAAGAUUCCUUUAAGGAAGGACACAUCAGAAUCUAUUAACUGAGCGGGGUUUGAGGAAUCUGUGAAUAGGAGACUGUAAAUGUUUUUAAGACAAUUCAUUAUGGUGAAUGAGAUUGCACAGCUCUUUUCUGUGAAACGCUAUCUUUAAAUACUUACAUAGUCACUUUAUGUCUUCUUUGUACAUGUGUUUUUAUUACACAAAUGUGAGGACAAAUGGCAGAUAUGAAUUUUGGGUCAAAAAUGAAUAUGCUAUUUUGGAAAAUCAUUGAACUUUUUUUCUGCUCUUCCUUUGUUGGAUAUUAUCCGUUUCAGAGAUUAUAUUUCAAUUACCCAAAGGAACGAAAAAAAGAAUACUUGAAAAUACAGUAAAAUACGUUCUUCUAAGAAAUGCAUGUUCAUUUUGCAUUCAUAACAUGAUUUUAUAAGUUUAAGUCUUUUUGCAAAUGACGUCAUAACUGACUUGGACUAUUGUCUGUGCACCUUUCGUACACGCUUCCAGCAUAUUCAUUUUGUAUUAUUUCCUAACUUUACUGUACUGCAUUGACAUUGAUCAUUUUAGCUUUUUGUAUAAACAUUACCUGGUGCUACAUUGUGUUUUAUUGUAAUGUGAAUGCCAGUGUCCUCGGAAGGGAACAUGAGAUCUGUAGCAGUUACAGUACAUUAAUCCAACUGAUUUUUACUGGUUCUGUGUUGUUUAUUAAAGAUACUGUGUAAACCAUCCAAGAAUUUCACAUGUAGAAUGAUAGAACACAAAAUUAGGAAAGCUUCCAAUGUAUAAACUCAGGUGCAUACAAGGACAUCACAGUCCCAAGACCUGUAUUCAGAGUUCUUCCCAUGCACUGAUAAUACCACACACAAAUCACAAACUCAAUCAUCUGUGUCUGUAACUCCAACUGUUUAAUUAUGAAUAGUAUUUACUAGGACAACAAAGGUGCUUUAUCUUGUUUAUACUGUAUGUAUCUUAUAUUGUAUAAUAUUGUAGGUAGAUUAUUGUUUGGUGUAAUGCUUCAUGUCAAAGUUUUAUUUUAAUAAUGUGCAAAAAGAAUCAGAGAAGAAAGGGAAAUGCAGUGCCUCUUGAAAGUUGUAAAGUGGUUCACUAAGUGCC